UUGAAAACUCGUCCAAGAGUUGUGUGUGAAUUCAAUUCCCAGUUAAAAUCUUUUCCUGACCUCAAUUAUUUCUCUGAAGAAAAUGUCUUCCUGCUGCGGUGGAAAGUGUGGCUGUGGCUCUGCCUGCAAGUGCGGGGGCAGCUGCAAUGGGUGCGGCAUGUGCCCUGACCUGAGUUACUCAGAGAAGGCGACGACUGAGACCAUUAUUGCAGGGGUUGCACCAGUGAAGAUCUGCUAUGAGGGGUCGUCUGAGAUGAGCUUUGGAGCAGAGAACGGCUGCAAGUGUGGAUCAAACUGCAGCUGCGACCCAUGCAACUGCAAGUGAUGACAAAAUUUGAAAUGAACAAAGCAUUUGUGGCUUUUGGAAUUAUCAUAUAAAUAAAAAGGAAUGUAUGGACGCUAGAUCUAUAUAUUAUUGGAUCUAUAUAUUAUUGCAAAUCCAUUUCCUUCAAUUGUUGCUUUGUUA